CCCGCCUCCCAGACCCGACCAGCUAAGGUCAGAGAAGACCCGGAAACUCCCUCUGCCAUUGAGCCUGCGCUCUGGGAGAUCGCAAGUACGCCUGCGCACGCUUGGCCUGGCGGGCAGUUUGAAUUUCACUUCCAGACCUGCGUCUACGAUUCCUGGGUUCUGACAGAGACCCGUCUUCCCUAGCUAGCAACUCAGCGGCGAGAAGGCUCCUUGGUGCCCAACCUGCGCGAGCGGGGUAAAAGAUGACCUCAGAGCUGGAACAGUUAUGCUGUCAUGUUAACGAAAAGAUUGGUAAUAUUAAAAAAACUCUGUCAUUGAGAAAGCUUGGUAAGUAAAACAACACACACACACAAUUAAAUAAAAUAGGAGAUGAGAUCAUUAUAGUAAAUGAACUUCUAAAUAAAUUUGAAUUGGAAAUUCAAUAUCAAGAACAAACUAACAGUUCACUCAAGGAACUCUGUGAAUCUCUUGAAGAAGAUUAUAAAGAUGUAGAACAUCUGAAUGAAAACAUUCCUUCCCAUUUGCCUCAAGUGACAGUAACCCAGAACUUGGUUAAUGGAUCAGAUCUUGACUCUGAAGAACCAGUCAAAGUUGAAGAACCAGAACCCUCAAGGAAGCUUCCAAAAGAACAAAAAAUUAUUAAAGAAAUGCUGUUUAUAUCUACUGAUGAGUUCAAUGGAGUUCCUUCGUACAUGAAAUCCCGUUUAACUUACUGUCAAAUUAAUGAUGUUAUUAAAGAAAUCAACAAGGCAGUAGUUAGCAAGUAUAAAAUUGUUCAUCAACCAAAAAAGUCUAUGAAUUCUGUAACCAGAAAUCUCUAUCAAAGAUUUAUCAAUGAAGAAACAAAGGAUACUAAAGGUCAGUAUUUUAUAGUGGAAGCUGACAUAAAGGAGUUCACAACUCUGAAGGCUGACAAGAGGUUUCAUGUGAUCCUGAAUAUUUUGCGACACUGCCGGAGGCUGUCAGAGGUCCGAGGGGGAGGACUUACCCGUUAUGUCAUAACCUGAGGCCUUUGCUUAGAACUGACAGGCAGUAGGGCGUAGAGUCUAGUCCUGUAACUAUCUUACAUAUCAUCACUUUGCCUUUUUAGAUUUUCUAUUCCUGUUUUUUACAGAAAUAAAAUCUUUUUGGAUGAUAUAUAUUUUCAAAAUUCACUUCUUUUGGCAAAUAUUUAUCCACCUGUCACAUAAGCCUCCAUAGUAGGCAUGUAAUGGAAAUUUUAAAAAGCUCACAUCUAGUUUUGUGUUUAGUGGACAAUACUGCACACCCCAAUAAGAUCAGUAUAGAUAUGAUAUGGGAAGAAAAAAGGCCAAGAAGAUAAAGUGAAGGAUGCCUAGGUCCUUUGGAAAUAAAGUUUAUUAGUGUCUCAAUUCUAUCCAGGCAUUUCAGAUUACAGUGGACUUCCUUCAAGUGGUUCUGGAGGUGGUUUAUCCAUCUGAUUAUUAUACACUCCCAUAUGUAGAUUAUUAUGCGCUCCUGUAUGUAGACGUCAGCCUGUAAUGAAAGUAUAUUGAGAUGCUGUGAUAUUGCAGUUUAAUAAGAAAUAUAUAUUAGAUCUUCAUCCUGAGUUCCAUGUUUAGAGUGCCUAAAAACCUUGUAAUAUCCUGAUUCAUAGGGGUAAUUUUUUUUGUUCUGCUGGUCUUUGACCCCAAUUCCUGAUGUGACACAGAACUCUUAAGUCUCUUCAAAAUUGUCUCUUGAUAGGAAUGUUUUUUGUAUGACUAAGGCGAUUCUUGGUGGGUUCCAAUAUAAUUCCAGGAUGGGUUCUUGUUACAAAGACCAAGCCAUGACUAGAAACUUGUCAGCACCUCUUGCCCCCAGUGACAGGGGCUGAGAUUGAGUUAAUAAUCAGUCAUCUGAUGUUAUGAAGCCCUAAGAAUCCCUAAACUGCAGAGUUCAGAGAGCUUCCAAACUGGGCACAUUGAUGUACCCAGAGGACAGUGUACUCUACCUUUAUGAGGACAGAAGCUCCCGAGCUCAGGACCCUGCUGGACCUUACCUGUUGUAUAUCUUCAUCAGCUGCUCAUCUGUAGC